AAGUAAAGAAAGAUAUAUAGAAUAUAUCCGAGAAUCGACGUGAUCAGUCGGUUAGUUCGUUCGGUAACGAAGUGGAAAAGAGAAAAAAAGAAAAUAUAUACAUUUAUUCGCCCCUGAAAAUGAUUGCAAUUAACCUCUGAUGAGGUUGUACGGAUCGCGCUCGUAUCCCCUUGUUGCAUCAAACAUCUACAAAUGGUCAGGAAAAGCACAAGCGGUGGAAUCAAUUCCAUAGGGAAGGGUGGGGCUAGUAUGCCGAGUAACGAAGAAUGCGGCAUUCGAGAUGUUUGGUGCCACAAUUUGGAAGAGGAAUUUCGAACUAUAUGCCAAGUUGUUCAACAAUAUCAGUACAUCGCCAUGGAUACAGAAUUCCCAGGUGUUGUCGCCAGACCUAUAGGUGAAUUCAGAACGAGCGCCGACUAUCAAUACCAACUGCUACGAUGUAACGUCGAUCUCUUGAGAAUUAUACAAUUGGGUUUAACAUUUUUGGAUGAAUCGGGUAAUACACCUGGCGGAAGUUACACAACGUGGCAAUUCAAUUUCAAAUUUAAUUUACAAGAAGACAUGUACGCACAGGAUAGCAUAGACAUGUUGCAAAACAGUGGUAUACAAUUCAAGAAACACGAGGAGGAAGGGAUCGAUCCAUUGGAUUUUGCAGAACUUUUAAUGACCUCUGGAAUAGUACUCGUCGAUGACAUUAAGUGGCUCUCUUUCCAUUCUGGUUAUGACUUUGGUUAUUUACUCAAACUCCUUACCGAUCAAAAUUUGCCCCAGGAGGAAAGUGAAUUUUUUGAAUUAUUGAGGAUAUACUUCCCAACGAUUUAUGACGUCAAAUAUCUGAUGAAGUCUUGCAAGAACUUGAAAGGCGGUUUACAAGAAGUUGCCGAACAACUGGAACUUCAAAGAGUCGGACCUCAGCAUCAAGCCGGUUCGGAUUCUCUUUUAACGGGAAUGGUUUUCUUCAAAAUGCGAGAGAUGUUUUUCGAAGACAACAUAGACGACGCGAAAUACUGUGGGCAUCUUUAUGGUCUCGGGACGUCGUUCGUGGUGAAUGGUUCAUGUGGUUAUCUUGACAGCAACGGCGAUAAUUCGUCCUCCUCGUAAUCUUCUACUACUUCAAACUACUCCGAAACCACACGCAAAAAUCUAGCGAACCAAAAUCGGUUUCGUCGGUGGAACGAAAAAUAUGACAGAGCUAAAAAGAAAAGAAAAACAAUCAUAAUAAUAAAUAAUGACAAAAAAUGAGGCUGUAGGAUUUUCGUGCACCGAAGUAGAUUUUUAUACUAAUCCCAUUAUUUUCAAAAAAUGAAACGAAAAAAAGUAUUUGAAAAAACCUCGAUUGCUCACGUAUUCGUAAAAUGUAAGUCCGAAAUUGUUAAUCUACCAACCGAUCGUAAAAACGACAAUGGGUCGCAUUAUUCCUUCCAUGAAUUUAUAUUUUUCUCGAUUUAUUUGUUUGCGCAGCAAAAAUUUGCACAAAAAUCUUCUAUUCUUGUCUUUGGAAAAUUUCACACCGUAUUUUUCUCAGCUGCUGUGUAAAUACGCCUUUCCGUGUCUCCAGUCCAUUUUUUUUCCAUCUCUCAUAGCGAGUAUCUGACUCGAACAUGACUGUACUUAAUCGUAUGUAAAUUGAGAGAAAAAAUCGGGGGGGAAAUAAAAACAAUGGAGAGACAAAAAUAAAAUAAUCUUUUAUCGAUA